AUGUCCGAACUAUUUGGAAGCCAAGAAGUGAAGCCAGCCUCCGACUAUCACGCUUCUCCAGAAUACCACUUAUGCGAGUCGAGCCCGGAUGUACUCACCUCUGUCAUCGAAAACGAGCGUACUGUCCGGUUAGCACUGGAACAACUUGCAAGACUGGAGACAGAACGCGAGAAGUUGGAUAAGACUCACGCUACUAUGGACGACGGCGAUAUCCUGCUAGCGAUAGACUACCUUGAAAAGUUAUUUCCGAUACUAAAACAGGGGUCGCCGUUGAUUGAAACGCUACCAAAUGUUCUCAAAGAACGCAUUGAACACCCCGAAAUCUACCACGCGUUUGGAAGACUCUCUGACAGUGAGUUCGACCGAGCUUAUGCUUCUUUGAAGCAGAACCCCAAACGCCAGGUGCGAAGAGAGUUAGCCCAGAGCACUCACAAUCACGAUGACUACUUUUGCUCUUUUGGGCGGUUCCUUGAGUCCUCGAAGGUGGGUAACAUGAAUGGGAAACUUGGCCAAAGCCCUCCAUCCUAUGAUAUGGCGGCUAUUGUUCGGAAGGCGAAUUAUAGUGCUCCCGCAAAGCCCCCUCGGAGUUUUGUUAAGAAAUUUUGGAAAUAUUUAGCUCGGCUUGAAUGGUUAGGGAAAUGA